AUGUUGGUACUGAAUUUGGUGGCUGAAAUGGAGAGGUUCAUGGAGAAAAAUCAGCGCGUGUUUGCAGGGACAGAACACCACUCCUACAUUAAGGGGGCAGCAAUUAUGGCCAUUACAUGGAGAGCUCCUACAAGUGCCUUUCUUCUCUUGUGCUUAGUUCUGGCUACGUGUGAGGCCAGGCCUCGUGGUGCCCCCGGUACAGUGGUUGGCCAGGCUACCCGUACAGUGGCUGAUAUUGCUCGCCACGAUGCUAGGAAUACCAAGAGAGACCCUAAUGAAAAAAUCUUCAACGUCAUAGAUUUCGGUGCUACACCUAAUGGGAAAAAAAUAAGCACAAUGUCACUAAAAAAAGCUGUUAUUGUUUUGCAGGCAUUCCAGAAGGCAUUCAGUGCUGCAUGCCAAUGGAAGGGAAAGGCAAGAGUACUUGUUCCUGGGGGAGUCUUCUUAGUGGGAGCCCUCAUCCUUCAAGGGCCAUGCCAGGGUCCACCUCCUCUCAUCGUUCAAGUCUCAGGAACUGUGAAAGCAGUGACUGAUAUAAGCGAAUAUGCUGAUGGUGUUUGGAUCCUAUUCGACGGAGUUAAUGGCUUAGUACUUACUGGUGGGGGCACUUUGGAUGGCCAAGGUGCUGAAAGUUGGCAAUACGCGGAUUGUAAAACAAAUCCUGACUGCCAACCACUCCCAGUCUCAAUAAAAUUCAAUCACAUAUCAAAUGGAAUCAUAAGAGGAAUCACCUCAGUUAAUAGCAUGGGAUUCCACCUUGCAAUCGUUCUCAGCGAAAACGUCAGGGCAUACAACAUUCACCUAAUUGCACCUGCUGAUAGCCCUAAUACUGAUGGAAUCCAUAUCAGCCAAUCCAGAUUGAUCAAAGUUGCCAGAAGUGUCAUUGCUACAGGUGACGAUUGCCUCUCCGUCAUUCGUGACAGCUCCGAUGUUAGCGUCAAGAAAGUGACCUGUGGCCCUGGACAUGGCAUCAGUAUUGGUAGUCUAGGCAAGUACCCAGAUGAGCACCUUACAUCUAAAGUGAUUGUGAAGAACUGCACAUUAAUAAACACAGACAAUGGAGUUAGAAUCAAAACAAAGGCAGGGUCGGUUGGCGGUCAAGCUUCAGGGAUCAUAUUCCAGGACAUCAUCAUGAAAGAUGUUAGAAACCCCAUCAUCAUAAAUCAGAACUAUGAAUCCAGCAAGGGAAAGUCAUCGCUUGUAAAGAUCAGCGACGUCCAUUUCAUCAACAUCAGAGGAACCACAUCCUCGAACAUAGGCGUCAAUCUUCUGUGCAGUCACCAAAAUCCGUGCCAGAAUGUUCAACUUGCCAACAUUGAUCUGCACUACACAGGUCCACAGAGAGGAUUGCCUCUGUCUUCCUCAUGUGAAAAUGCAAGAAUAAACUAUGCUGGUGUCCAAAACCCUCCACCUUGUCGAUAGACUGUCAAAAUCGAUCAAGAUUCUGAUGAGAUUCUUUCUUGCCCAUAAUCACCAUUUUUAUCAUCACAUGAUAGCAAAGCAACAUUGUAAUUCUUUGACUGUGAGUAAGUUAAUAUACAAUGCCAUUGUAACAAAAGCUAGUGGAAUGAGAAGAAGGUCAUGAAUUUUUUAUAUAGUGUAAUUUGUAAACUUUAUAUAUAAUGGCUUGAAAAUGAUCAAGAAACACAAAGAAAAUUCCAGAAUGUACAAGAUAUGUAAUAUCAUGUAAUGUAAGCAUAUGUACCUCAAAAGCAGCAAGCAAUUCAGCUAUAUAAUAAACUCAAUAACUUUUAUAUAUUUUACAAGGAGCACAUAUGAACUAAAUACACAAACAUUUUUCAUCAAAAACAAAAAACAAUUAAAAUAACUUUAUCUUGUAAAUUGAGUAGUUUUUCUCACAGGCCAAGCAUGAUCAGGACAUUAAAUCCUUGUUGGAAGAUCCCACAAGCCCUAUGAACCAGUUGCAAGGUCGAGUGCAGGAGAUAAUGGAGGGUGACAUUCGGUCAAAAGGGCUGAACAAGGGAUCCAUCUCGUAAAUUGCGAUAAUAAAAACACCCAUGCGACUUAAACUCACGACCUCUCCUUUGUGCUAAGAGUUACCGCGAUGAAGGUCACUAUCUCAAGCCAACAACCAGUUGUUCUGCAUUAAUUCUUCGUUACCAGCAUUAACCUUAAUAAGAUUUAGUACUAGUAAUAGGGUUGGGGAGUAAUAGUAGGCAGUGUAGUAAGAAGAAACCUAGAACAUGUAGUCUGGAGAGCUGGAAUUUGCAGAAAGGACUGAUCUUGAGAGAACAAGAGGAAAGCGGAAGAUUUAGGUUUAGGGCACGAUUC